UCGUUGAACUUUGAUCGUUAUUUGCGUUUGCACAGCUCGUUUCGCCGCACUUACUCGCAUGACUUACGAUGUAGUAAUUGGAGCUCUAAUUUAACCUCAAAAAAGAAAAAAAAAUUUUUAUAUUAAAAAAUGGUAAAUCUCUGAAAGACAUAGUAGUUGACAAUGAGUAUAAACGGAUGUGUCUCGAAGCGUAUAUUUCACUUUCUUAGGGGGAAAUCGUGGAAACGAGAAGAUUCUGGAUAAAAGAAAAAGUUUAUUUUAGAUCUUCCGAUCUUUUGUAACUUUUUAACAGGAAAUAUAUAAUCCACAAUAAUAUGUAAAAACAUUUAAAAAAUGAUCGGAAAAUUUAAGAAUUGUAAAGAAAAUUAUUAUCUUUUUUUUUUUCAGAAGGCAGAUACAAAUAAUAAGGAUUCGUAUCUUCCUAGAGAAAAGUCAAGCGAAUUACUCGGAAAAUGGAGAAACAAUGGCGAAGCUUUGGAACCGAAAUGGCGUGACGGUGAUGCUGUACCUUUGCUUCCAUUUUCUCACUUUGCACAAACCUAUACUCAAGAGGAAACCGAUUUAACAGGACAUAAUAAACCCUAUGACGUAGUUUAUCGAGAUAAUCUUAAUUAUCGUCAACUCAACGAGAAUCAAGGAGGAAACGAUUACGCUGAUUCACGACAAGAAAGAUUUCCUCUUCCUAAAGAUUCGACGAUACGAUUGGAAGAAAGAAAAUAUGGAAGACAAUCGCGCGGGAAAAUUGAACACGUACCGGUUGAACGUCUUUCGAAAGAUAAAUUUCUUAGAAACGAUCGAAUGACUUCAACUGGAUAUCGUGAUGCUUUUCAGGUUCAUCCAAAUGAGUAUGAACAUGAUUUAGCCGACGAAGAAUAUUUAAAACCUCGACCAAGAAAAAGACGUCCACCCCAGAACGAAGAAUUCAUUUUAAGUGCUAAAGAAACGAUACAUAAUAACGAAAGAAUAAAAUUGGAUUCUAUUUUAUCAUCUAAUGAAAAAAAAGACAAAGCAUCUUCAAAGAAAAUUGAAGCUAUAAAAUCUUUGUUAAAAAUGCAACAAGAAGAAGGUGUUAGUCUUUCAGAAAUAUUACAUCGUAAAAAUUUGACUCUGAUAGAUCUGUUAAAAGGUAAAGCAGAUGUGAUCAGUGCAUUAAAAAUGAAAGAUAUCGAUGAAAUUGGUGAUGAUAUCGAACAGAUAUCUUUGGCAAUGACAAGCACAUUGGCUAAAUUACCGUCCACGACCCUUCAAAGUAUACUUGACACGACGACGACUAAAACAAUUACCACGAUGGGUCAUGUGUCAACGAAAAUUUCACAAUUGAAAGAAACUACUACUGAAACUUUAGCAGCAAUUUCUCCAUCAGAAAUCUCUAUCGAUUUGAAUCAAAGCGAUGAUAAGACGAACCAAAAUCUAAAUACAACGCGCGAGAUCUACAGUGAUGAGAAUCAUGAUGAAAUCAUGGAAUUUUCAGACUUUACAGAUUAUAAAAAGGGAAGAACUACUGCAUCACCAAUUUGGAUUUCUUUAAUAACAGAAAAUAAUGCUAUCGUUCGUUCUAUGCAAAAUAUUAAUCUAAAUCGUUCUGAUAGAGGUUCCACCUUGAGUAUCGUAAGAAUUUUGAAUCCGACUGUCGAGACAUUUACUACAAAAAAUUUAGAAAAAAACAAACCAUUUAAUAAAGUAUAUACUGAUACUAUACACAAGGAAGAUAAUUCUAAUUUAGCUGUAGCAGAAGAUCAUUUCGAUAGUAUUUCUGAAGCAGAUUAUCAAUAUGAUGCUCCUUUGAAUGAUAUGCGACAAGAUGACGAGAUACGUGUGUCCUCUUCGAUAAAAAAGAAUGAAUGCAUAAAUGAUAGUGAUAAAGAUGAAACUAUAUAUUUAGAAAAAGAUAAAGAUCGUUCAAAAGAUUUUUUAUCAAAAUCCAAAAACGAUUCAUCCUUCGAAGAAACAAUCAAAACUUUCUUCAAAAACCAUCCUAAUGUAGAAGAUGUGAUGUCAGAAGGUAAACGUUACGAAGAUAUCAUGUCAGAAAUAGAACCAGAAGCUCGUGCUGAGAUUUUUGAAUUAUUUGCUUCUGGAUCUGGGGGUAAGAAUCUGGAACGUUUGUUGAAGUCUAGGAACAUGACUUUGGAAGAACUGAUUGCUUUACGUCAAAGAGGUUCCAGUAAAGUUCAUUUAGCAGAAGUAUCUCGUUUGAGAAAUCAUAAAGCUUUAAGAAUAUCAGAAGAUAAUCAAUUAUCAGAGAAAAAGCAUCUUCAUAAUCCUGAAGAAAAAAGUAUAAUUGAUGAACUUCGAAAUGAAACGAUUGGAAUAAAGAAAUUGAUGAAUGAAACAGAACACAUUGAUAUUUCGCAGAUCCAUCCGAAACUUAUUAAGGAAAUGACAGAGUUUUCAUUUACCACAGAGAUUAGUUUUAAAACAAAAAAUUAUAGUAACGAAAAACAUGAAGAUCCAAAUCAUUUAAUAAAGAUCACAGAAUUAUUUAAUACCUUUACAUCUUUGUCGUUUGAUAAAGAUCAGGAACAACGAAUUUCUAAAAAUAUUGAAGAAACAUUAAAUAAAAAAACCAUAGACGAUGAGUCGAUUAAUAUUGUUCAAAGUGAUUAUGCGAAAGAAAUGAUUCAAAAUAAUACUGAAGUAGAUAUAAAUGUGAUAUACAAGGGAUCUAUAAACGAAGUGAAACACGACGAAAAUGAAGAUCGGGGAAAAAGUUUAUCAAAGAUUAAAUCUAGUAUAAUAGCUAGUGGGGCUAUACUUGGUGUAACGAUAGUCGUAUUCUUUGCCAUCUUUAUAGCUUGUAGAAUACGUCAUAAACAAAAAUAUAGGUACAGAAACUCUUUUCCACGAACGGUAUUUCAGAGUCCAAUAGCAACAGCCAGAAAGUUAUCCAAUACAAGUAGCCUGAAUAAUAUCAUGGUGAGUGUAGUUGCCACUUCGACGACAAAGAGAUCAGAAAAAAAUGAUUCACAGCAAAAUAAUAGUGGUGACUAUGAUCCCAAGUGUGACAUCGAUAAUGAUUCGCUCGAUGCUAAUGAUAGUUGGGAAACUAUACCUGAUUAUAUAAAAUGAGACAACAUAGUUUCUUUUUAAUUGAAGUACGUAUUUUCAUUUGAGAUUUAUUUGUGGUUAAAGAUCUAAAACAAACAUGCAAACUGACACUGGACAAAGGCUGAUAUAAAAUUGAUGUAAACUUUUUAGUAUUCUUUUUUGUGCAAUGGACAUGGAUAUUCGACAAAAAUUUAUACAAAAUACUUAUGAGCAGUAAAGCAAACUCAUAUUAGAUGUUUUCAAAAGAACGAAAACAUCAAGUUCAUUAAUAUGUUAUAAAUAUGAUCACGAUGUCAAUCUCAUCUCUUCUCGUUCUUUAGUUAUAAAUACAUGUAGACGUAAUGUAUUUAUU